CGAGGAGCAUUAAAAUGGCAACGUUUGUACGAGUUAGCAUAAUACAAAGCGUUUAGAAGAUUAUGCAAAGAGAGCGAAUUAAAUUGAUUUAAUUAUUUUCAAUCUGCGGACGGACUUAGGGGGAGUUUUGGUCACAGUGCUUGCUGAUAAGCAAAUAUUGCAGUGCGUUGAAAGCUUUAUUCCAGUAGAAUCGAGAAAAUGAAAAUCGCCCGGUCCAUUGCCUUGCUGCUCAUCAUAGGGACUAUCGCAGAUACCGAAUCGCGCAGAGUCAGACCUGGGAUUAGAACUAAGUCUAAGUCGCAAAGAGACCUAGAAUCAAACUACAACAACUAUAAGGGAGCAGGCAUUUUCCUUACCUCCCACUUUGACUACGAAUACCCCUUGGGACACAAAAUUGCUUUUAUCUGCGUGGCAAAAGGAAAUCCGCGCCCUCAUAUAACCUGGUUCAAAGAUAGUGAGAUAUUCACUCACCCCAAUUUGCAUAUUUACGAGUGGCAGAUUGGAAAUCAUACAAUCAAAAGCAAGCUGGAAGUGGAUCCUGCAACACAUAAAGACGCAGGCCUGUACGAAUGUACAGCCGAAAAUAUGCAUUCAAUAGACCGAAGAUCGUUUAAAAAGGACUUUAGCAUUACUUCAGAUUAGUGGAAUUUACAGACAUUAGCGCGCAUCUAACAGAAAAUAAAUUGCGUUCAAAAUUG